UCUCUCCUUCCAAGCAAAGCGGGUUAGGUUUUUUCAUUCCACACCGUUCCACUCAUACUCUCCCUCAUAGUUGUCGUUCUUAUCUCUCACCUCGAGCUCAGAUUCGUCCACGCCUCUCCGUUCUCGUUGCCGGCGUUUGGAUUCUCGUUCUCGGCGUCAAACAUCGUUUCUGAAUCUCGUUCAGAUUUGCGUUCGCGUUCUUCCGGUGUCCUCCGUUUUCGGAAUCUGCUUCUCGUUUGCUUCUGCAUCUGGCGGUGAGCAUGCGGAGAAGCAUAUUGCUACUGAGCUCUUAUGUCAAUUCUUCUCUGUCUCUUCAUAUCCAAACUGUCUUCUUUUAGCAGUCAGGAUCAGAAAAAUUAUUGAUUUCCCUAUGUGGAAACCAUUUAUUCUACCUUGAAUCUCCAGUUCAAUUGAAGUCUUUUUUUAUCAUAGGGAUUUCUUAUCAGGAGGAUAGGUAAGUAACUUACCAAAAUGGGGACACGACCUCAGCAACCAUGUCGAGAGGAAGAGGAAGAUGAGCUGCUAGGUCGUGGAACAACACUUUCUGGCCAAUCAAUUUCUACAAGUAAAAGUGUUGGGUCUCCAUCCAGUCGGAGUGAGCAGACAAUGGCUACACCAGCCAGUGAUAACACUUUUCUAAGACUAAAUCAUCUUGACAUCCAUGGUGAUGAUGCGGGAUCUCAGGGAGCAGUUGCUAGCAAGAAGAAAAAAAGAGGCCAGCGUGCUGUUGGAGGUGACAAGAGUGGAAGAGGGCUCCGCCAAUUUAGCAUGAAAGUGUGUGAAAAGGUGGAAAGUAAGGGGAGAACCACUUACAAUGAGGUUGCAGAUGAACUUGUGGCUGAAUUUGCUGACCCGAGUAGUAGCAUUUCAUCUCCUGAUCAGCAACAAUAUGAUGAGAAGAACAUUCGUCGAAGGGUUUAUGAUGCUUUGAAUGUUCUGAUGGCAAUGGAUAUAAUUUCCAAGGAUAAAAAGGAAAUUCAAUGGAAGGGUCUCCCUCGUACAAGUCUGAAUGAUAUUGAAGAAUUAAAGACGGAGCGCCUUCAGCUUAGGAAUCGGAUUGAAAAGAAAGCUGCCUACCUGCAGGAGCUGGAGGAGCAAUACAUAGGUCUUCAGAAUCUCAUACAACGAAAUGAGCAAUUAUAUGGCUCAGGAAAUGCUCCCAGUGGAGGUGUGUCCUUACCUUUUAUUCUUGUACAGACUCGCCCACAUGCAACUGUUGAAGUGGAAAUAUCAGAAGAUAUGCAGCUUGUACAUUUUGAUUUCAAUAGCACUCCGUUUGAGCUGCAUGAUGACAACUAUGUCCUCAAGGCAAUGAAAUUUUGUGAGAGACCGCAGAGUGAUAAUAUGACGCAGAAUCUUGUGGACGGGGGUGAAGGUUCUAGCAUGUCAGGCUUGUAUCAGGCGCAGGUCACUCCUUCAGUGUCAAACCAACCGGUCAGAACUCCAACCUCGCCGCCUCUUCCUGGGAUAUUGAAGGCAAGAGUUAAGCAUGAGCAUUGAUUUGCAAUUAUAUUCUGUCCCGCUUGCGUUAUUUUAUCAUGUCUAUAUAUACUUCUGUAAAGUAGUUUUCUGUCAAUUAAUACGCCUUCAUGAUGGUUAAGAAUACAGCCAGCCAGCCAGUCACUCUUUAGGUUAGUCAGAGAUAGGCACCUGU